CCCUGGCAUUCGCAUCUGUUACUGUUAGGGCAUGCGAAAUGGAGAUGGAAAUGGACAUUCCUCUCCCCGAAGAACUCGAAUGGCUUGAAACCAAUGCUCUCCUUCACGAAGAAGUAGAUGAAGAAGAAUACUACGCAGAGGAAGAGCUUCUUAAAGCUUCUUCUCCAAUCUCAGAUCUGCCCGUUUCUGAAAACCAGACCAGCAGAAAGAGGCCUUUAGAAGGACCUGAUGGUGAUUCUGUGAAGGCGUCUAAUGAGAAGCGGAACAAAACUGCUGAAGGAACUGGAACUGAUGAGGACUGGCUGAGGUAUUCGCCAAUGAAGAAUUUGGAGAGUGAUCCAGCCGGUGCUGAGAAUUCGGAGAGUGAUCCGGCCAUUGAUGCAGCACUGGCAGAUGAUGUGGCACCAGUGGUAGUCGAGGAGAAGGUCCUUUGUCGAUUUGCUUCGGAAAUUGAGGGAGAUUGCUUUUCAGUGACUGGGCCAUGUGGGGAUCGGGUCUAUGCUAAGAUGAGUCCAGGGGAGACUAGCAGAGAUGUCAAGAGGUCAAACAUAGAAAGACCUCUCUCCGGUCUUCUCUCAGAGCCUAUCAAUGUUCUAAUGGAAAGAGUCGAGCAAGAGACUUUCCGAAAGGUUUUGGAAGCUAGCUCUGGGUCUGUUGAUGACUCCAUCCAUCCAACAGUGCCUAUAGUCAGUGAACAACUUUGGGUUGAUAAAUAUGCUCCAAACUCCUUCACUGAGCUCCUUAGUGACGAGCAAACAAAUCGAGAGGUCCUGCUAUGGCUAAAACAAUGGGAUUCUUGUGUAUUUGGAUCUCAAAUUAGGACUACUACAGAUGAUGUUUUAUCUGCUCUUAGACGACAUUCUUCGCUGGCGCAACACCAGAAAGUCUCCGACAGUAGAAGUUCCUUCAGCAAGAAUAGAGCAGCCCCUUUUGGUAACCAAACAUUUAAGCAGUCAAAUGGUUUGAAUCAAGGAGAUGCAAAAUCAAAAAACAUUUCUGAACUUUGGAACAAAAAAUCAAUGGUUAAUGAUCAGCUGGAGCACAAGGUUCUUUUACUCUGUGGUCCACCAGGGCUUGGUAAGACUACACUUGCGCAUGUAGCUGCUAAACAUUGUGGAUAUCGUGUUGUAGAGAUAAAUGCAAGUGAUGAUCGGUCUGCCUCAACCAUUGAGUCAAAAAUCCUUGAUGUGGUGCAGAUGAACUCUGUCAUGGCUGACUCAAAGCCCAAGUGUUUGGUCAUUGAUGAAAUUGAUGGAGCCCUCGGUUCUGGAAAGGGUGCAGUGGAGGUUAUUUUAAAGAUGGUGGCUGCUGAAAAGAGGUCUGUUCUUGGAAAGGGAAACGUUGCUCAAGAGGUGGAUCCGGGAAAGGCUUCCUCGAGAAAAGGAUCUAAAGCUGCAACACUAUCAAGACCUGUGAUUUGCAUUUGCAAUGACAUUUAUGCUCCUGCUUUGAGGCCACUGCGCCAAGUAGCCAAGGUGCAUACAUUUGUUCAGCCAACCAUUAGUCGUGUGGUGAACAGGCUUAAAUACAUUUGCAACAAGGAAGGAUUCAAGACAAGUUCUAUUGCACUUACAGCUCUUGCUGAGUAUACUGAGUGUGAUAUACGUUCAUGUCUAAACACACUUCAAUUUCUCAACAAGAAGAGGGAAGCUCUCAAUACUUUAGAGGUUGGUUCGCAAGUGGUUGGUCGAAAGGACAUAUCAAAAAGUGUUCUUGAUGUAUGGAAGGAGGUUUUUCAAAAGAGAAGGGUGAAACGUGAAAGAAAAUCCAGCAACAGCUGCACUAGUGAACCAAUGGAUUUUGGCAUUCUAUACUCUCUCAUUUCUAACCGUGGCGACUGUGAAUUGACUAUGGAUGGGAUUCAUGAAAACUUUUUGCAGCUCCAUUAUCAUGAUCCGAUGAUGCACAAGACUGUCAAGUGCCUGAAUGCUCUUGGUGUUUCUGAUUCAAUGGCCCAAUAUGCAAUUAGGACUCAACAGAUGUCCCUUUAUGUUUACCAACCUUCCAUUGCAAUAGCUAUUCGUUCUCUUGUAGCGCAAGUAGAAAAACCAAAUAUUGAGUGGCCGAAGUCAUUUCAAAGAUACCGAGCAAUGUUGAUGGAGAAGAAGGACCUUCUAAAGUUGUGGCACACCAAGAUAGCACCAUCUAUUUCAAGGCAUCUGACAAUCGAGUCUUUUGUAGAAGAUGCCAUUUCUCCAUUAUUACAUAUUCUAUCACCUCCAACCCUGAGGCCAGUAGCACUGCACUUGCUGUCAGAGAGAGAGAAGGGUGAUCUGGCUCAACUAGUGGAUACAAUGGUUUCAUAUUCCAUUACAUAUAAGAACUUGAAACCUGAGCCUCAACCCAUUACCCAGAGACAUGAAGCAACUUCUGAUGCUUCAACACUUUCGUUUGAUCCACCAAUCGGUGACUUUGUUAACUUCAAGGGAUACCAUUGUGGACGUUCUGGACUCUCUUUAGCCAUGAAGCAGAUCUUGGUGCAUGAGGUUGAAAAGCGGAAAAUACUGCGAGAAAGCAUUGGUAGGCCUGUACAUCUAAAUGAUGAGAAUGAGGUUUUGCUCCCCGAAGGAAGUGCUAAACCAUUUUCUUCCAAAACAAAUUCUACAACUGCAAAUUUCCAAAACAACACAGAAGAUAAAAAACCUGUCUUGACUCAGAAUCUAUGGAAAGCCAAUGGCUCCAGAAACUCAACUAUGGGAUCUAAUAAAAGCAUACCUGUUGGUGUGAAAUUAAAAGCUACUGGAGACGCAACGAAGCCAUCCGGUGGCUCUACUAGUUUUUUUGACAGGUUUAGGAAAUCGAGCAGUAAAAGCUCCCAGAAUGCUGAUGAUGCAUUGCAGAAGUCAGCAACAUCAGAAAGAGAUUCGCGGCCUCUGCUUUUCAAAUAUAAUGAGGGUUUCACAAAUGCGGUGAAACGGCCUGUGCGAAUGCGUGAAUUGCUGCUAUGAGGGAUGCUUUUAUGUGAUUGAACUACUUGGAAAGAUCCUGACUAUGGGUUGCAUCACAAAUAUAGUUAGUUUUAAGAUUAUCUAAUAUCAAUUCCAAUAAUCUUGUCUGCAAUCAUUCAUUAUGUAGUAAUCUGUAAAUACAAUUCUUCUCA